AUGUCUGACCGCCAGAGCUGUGAGCUGGAUGUGGUGGCCGGCCUGAACGAGAACUGCAGCUGCGCCGAAGUGGAGGAACUCUUCGGCAAAUAUGGCAAGGUGGACUACGUCUUUCUCCCACCUCCCCAGCUGCGGCGGCAUGAGCCCAGCUUCAUCAGGUUCUGGGAUGCUGGAGGGGCGCUGGCAGUGUACAAUGCCUCCAAGGAGGGCAGCGUCCGGAGCCGAGACUUCGCGGAGCUCGGUGAAGGUGGGAAAGAGAACACGCCGCCAUGCAAGAAACGCAAGAGCGGGGAGAAAGGAAAGGGAGAGAAAGGCUUCGAGACUCUGAGCCCUCGAGAUUUGCAGCCGGCGCCGCCCGAGGACAUGGCCCUGGGCACUGAGAUCCCCUGGUUCUCGCUGAAUGACAUCGACGUUGGCAAGCGCCUGGGCGCCGGGAAGUUCGGCUCCGUCUACGUCGCGCGCUGCCGUCGGACAGGCUUCAUCUUUGCCCUGAAAGUGCUGGACAAGCGCCAGCUGAUCAAGCAUCGAGUAGAGCACCAGCUUAGGCGCGAAAUCGAGAUCCAGUCCCACUGUCGCCAUGUCAACAUUCUGAGAUUGUACACAUUCUUCCACGACGAGAAGCGUGUCUACCUCUGCCUAGAGAUGGCUCCUGGCGGGGAGCUUUACGGCUUGCUCCAGAGCCGCGGGACCUUCUCCGAGGCUCGAUCCGCGUGGUACUUCAAGCAGAUGGUCGAGGCCAUCCAGUAUUGCCACUCCAAGCACAUCAUCCAUAGGGACAUCAAGCCUGAGAAUAUCCUGAUUGGCUUGAAAGACACACUGAAGAUCGCGGAUUUCGGGUGGGCGGUCCAUGCGCCAACAUCUCGGCGAGACACCUUCUGCGGCACGUUGGAUUACCUGCCCCCAGAGAUGGUUGUCAACAAGAAGUACCACAGCCGAGUUGACAUUUGGGGCCUCGGCGUGCUCCUCUACGAGUUCAUGGUGGGCAAGCCUCCCUUUGAGGACCAGAGUGAGAAGGGCACCUACCGCAAGAUCAAGAUGGGAAAUCCGCAGUUUCCGCCUAGCAUGACCAAGGAAGCCAAGGACCUCAUUGCCAAGCUGCUGAACAAGAACCCAGCGGAGCGCUUGACGCUGGACGAGGUUCUGGCACAUCCCUGGAUCGCGCUCAAUUGCACGGGAGACAAUGCGAAGCGGAUGCAGGCUAGCUACGGUGGCAUCUUGUGA